CAUGCAACCAUUCCCCACUCGCGCACUAUAGCUGAAGCAUUGAAUCCUUUGUUUCAAUUAUAGGGCUUCUCAACAUAUCCACUUCAUUCUCUACUCUACUAUUGCUUUUGUUUCUUCUCCAGAGCUUCAAUUUCUGUAAUGGCGUCCACUUCGUCAUCAGGUCGAAGAGAGGAGGAAUGCGAUGUGUUCAUCAACUAUGGCCCAGACGUCGAAACGGCUCUGGCUCUGCAGCUUUAUAAUUCUCUACAGCAAGAUGGGAUCCAGGCAUAUCUAGAUUCACAAGAGACUCAACUUGGAGAUUCACUUUCUUCCAUCAUAUUCUCUGCAGCAGUGCACAUAGCCAUCUUAUCACCGCAAUAUGCAGAGUCCCCUGAGUGCUUAGCUAAGCUAGCUUUGAUAUUUCAAACCAAGGCUAGAAUUAUCCCCCUGUUUUACAGUGUCCAGCCUUCAGACUUCCGGUACAUCAAAAAGAGAGUUGAAGAAGCAUUUUCCAAACACGGAGAGAAGGGCAAAUAUCCUAAUUAUGACAUUCAACAGUGGAAAGAUUGCCUCCAGAACGUUGCAGGGAUCAAGGGCUACGAACUCAACGGACAGAAUGAUGAUCUGAUUAAGUUGUGUAAGGACGUCGUGUCCGCCGUGAAGAAGGAAAAGCAAAAGUUAAAAACUUCUUUCCAAGUUGCAAAAUUUGAGGUGGGACUUGAUGAUAUUGUGGAAGAUUUCGACAGCCAUUGCCAGAGAAAUGGGCAGAUGAUAGAUAAAAUAAUUGGCAUCUAUGGAAUGGGAGGGUCUGGCAAGACCACUCUUGUCAAAUCUUUGUUCAAAAGAAAACAUUCAGAAUUCAGUGGAUCAGCUAGUCUGUUUGAUGUGCGGGAGAAACAUGUCAAAGGUGAGCUGACUUCUUUGCAAAGUGAGCUUCUCAAUCAUCUGUUUCCUCAAAAUCAUUAUAAUUUUUGUAGUAUAGAAGAAGGAACUGCCCGUAUCAAGCAUGUCUUCCAAAGGAGCCGCGAAUUAAGGUUCUUUAUAGUUAUAGACGAUGUUGACGAUAAGCAGCAGCUAGAUGCCCUAUUACCCAUAGAUGCCCUCAGUACUAACAGUUUAGUGCUUGUCACAACCCGUGACGAGAGGGUUCUUAUACAGGCCGGAGUCAGAGUCCGUUAUAAGAUGAAACAAAUGAAUGCAGCGCAUAGCAGACAGCUCUUCUGCUGGCAUGCAUUUCAUAGGCCAUCUUGUGACAGUGGAUUUGAGAAUUUGGUUGAUGGCUUUGUCGAAGCGUGUGGGGGUUUACCUCUUGCCCUUAGAGUACUAGCUGCGCAUGUUUCUGGCAAUGACAAGGGAUUUUGGAAGUUACAGUUAGAUGAUGUGAAGGCAAAACCCAUGGACAUUAAAGAAGCUCUCAAAAUAAGCUAUGAUGCUCUGGAAGAGGAUCAAAAACAGAUCUUUAUGGAUAUAGCAUGCUUUUUCAUACGGAAGGAAGUGAGCACUGCCAUAAGUAUAUGGAAGGCUUCGAGGUGGAGAGCCGAAUAUGCCCUGCAGACCCUCAAAGACAAGUGCCUGGUAGAAGUUACUCAAGUGAAACAUUCUCCCAAUACCUGGCCUUCAACGCUUGAGCAGCCUCUUUUGGGAAUGCAUGACCACCUCCGCGACUUAGGAAGAGAAAUGGCAGAUGAUCAAAUGAAUUCUUCUCGGCUAUGGCAUCCUAAAGAUCUCAUUGGAAUGCGCGAACUCAAGGGGUUGCAAGACAUCCUCACGGUGACAGAAGGAAAAAAUUUCAGAUGUUUCAAUUAUAUUGGGAAACAUGAAAAGACUUCUGAAAUGAAAUAUUUUCUGGAGAGUUCAAAGACUUCAUCUGAUUUACGAUGGCUUCAACUUAAAAAAGAUAGCAGUGUUGUGUGUAUUCCUGAAUGGAUUCCUGUAAAAAAUUUGCAGACUUCAAUUCUUGAAGGAGGCUUACUACCUCCGAGAUUGUGGCAAAGGGAUGACCAGGCUCCACUCAAGUUGAAAGAGCUAAGCCUUGUGGAGAAUUCAAAUGUGUUUCGGAGACGUCGUAUCUCUCCAGAUGAGAGACGGAGACGCUUUUGGGAAUCUCAAGAACGUCUUAAGAAGAAUCCUAACGUAAAUGUGCUUAUGAGGGAUGUUAACGAACUGGUCAGUUCGUUCGGAAUGUUGAAACAUCUGGAAAGUUUGCACCUAGAAUUUUUAAAAGAUUAUGACAGCAAGUGCUCCCUAAAUUUUCUCAGAGAACUCACGAGUCUAAAAACUUUAGAGUUGUCCUUUCUUAAAAUAGAAGAGGAAAUUGCUUUAAUCAACAGGGGAGAGACAACUGAUACUUGGUUUCAUAUGAGAAGCCUUGAAGCCAUAACUCUGCGUGGUAUAUUUAGCACAAGGAAGGUCUCAAUUAGUGGACAGUUCUGUCCCAACCUUAAAUCUCUAAAGCUUUUUACUAUGACAGAUCUAAUUGAAGUGGAUUUAACAGGGGUAACAACACUGGAACAGCUGGAGCUGUUCCAAUGUAGAGAGUUGGUAAAAGUAUUGGGCAAUGAUCUGCUAAAUCUUGAAGUGUUUCUCAUACAGAAAUGCGGGAAUAUGAAAGAGUUGCCAAAUUUUGGGAGUGUCAAUUGUCUUAAGAAGAUCGAUAUUAGGUGCUGUUGGAACCUGCAGGAUAUUUCAGCCAUUGAAACAUUCAAGGGAUUGAAGAGGAUCUGGAUUAAGAGUUGUCCAAAUCUGCAGAAUAUAAAAGCUACUGAAGAGUUAGAGGGACUGAAAAGAAUCUGGAUUCAGAAAUGUCCAAAGCUGCUGAAAAUACAAGGCAUUCAAGAAUGGAAAGAGUUGAAGAGAAUCUGCAUUAUGCAGUGUCCAAAGCUGCAAAGUAUAGAAGGCAUUGAAUUUUUAUCAUGCCUGGAGAGCAUCAUCAUUACUGACUGUCCAAAGCUGCAGAAUAUAAGAGGUAUUGAAGAAAUGAAGGGCCUCAAGGACAUGAUUUUAACAGAUACUCCUAUAAUAAGUUGCCUUGAAAGCUUGCAGAGAUUGCCUUCGGAGCUUACAAUUGUAGUGGAGAAAUCGGCCACGUUAAAUUUGAAAGCAGAUAAAAUUCGAGACACAUUGGGAUUGCCGUCGGAUGCUUUGUGUGCUAUAAAGCCUGGGGAAAAAGUAGAAGAGAAGAUCCAUUCGUUUCAAAAAACCCUACAUCCGCCCAGUACAUUCAUCUAUUGCACUAUGCUUCGUGGGAGGCCUAGCAAUGAUCGCGACAUUUGUAAUGGGACCUGUUGUGAAGGGGUCAGAAGAUAUACAGGUGGCUAUAUUGAUUGUGGAAAAUGGAUAUAUUUGUGUGUGGUUAAUGAAGAAAUGCUAUCAAAAUAUGAAUUCUGGAUGCCACCAUUACCUGCAUUGAGGCUAUCCAAAUAUGACUGGACGCCUGAAGAUUGGAUGCUAUCAAAAUAUGACUUCUGGAUAACUGAAGAUUGGAUGCUAUCAGAGAAGGAUUCAGAUUCUCAGGCGUUAUUAAUAGGAGUGCAGGCAGGUUCGGAAAGGAAAACCCUCGACAUAUUGCAAAAGCUAUUUGCUCAACUAUGCAAUAAAAAGGAGGAUGGAAAGUAUGCUGAUAAUAGCGAUGACUUUUCUGGCUAUUUUUACAAUGAUAGAGAGAGGAAGGCAUUUUUAAUGGGAGGGAAGAUAAAGACUCCACAUUCCCGGCUUCGACAGAAAACCAGGAUUGUUGAGGAUAGAGACUUAAAUGGGCAUGAGGAGGAUGGUUGUGAAUAUCUUGGGGUUAUUGAUUUUAUCGUUCCUGCCUAUGAUAGCUUUGCUGACCAUGAAGACGAAAAAGAGCAAUAUGAUGCCAAUAAUGAUGACUAUAAUGAUGAUUUAGUUAGUUUUAAUUGAAAAUUCUGCUGUCAUGAAGGAGAGCAUGGAUAUCCCAAAAUUGUUCUUCCAUUUAAUGAAAUUGUCAAAGCAUUCAUAGAAGAUAAUUGUCAAAGCAUUCAUUUUGAA